AAUCAACAAUGUGUAGGACACUAUGUUGUGCCAGUAGAAAGCCCAGAGGCGAAGAACGUGUGUGGCGACGAAAAACAACACCCCAGAAUGUGGAUUUCCCACCAAGACUUCCUAAGAAAAAGAAAAAACCAUUCCCUAUUCCCUUUAAGGAGAUCAGGCAGGCUGCUAAGGAGGACAAAAAACUUGCAUUGAUGGGAAUUGAGAAGCCUCUUGAGCCUCCAAAGAAUGGAUUGCUUGUUCCAGAUCUAGUUCCUGUUGCCUACGAAGUAUUUGAUGCUUGGAAGCUUUUGAUCAAAGGCCUUGCACAGCUAUUGCAUGUCAUUCCUGUACAUGGCUGUAGCGAAUGCUCAGAAGUUCAUGUAGGUCAGACUGGUCACCUCAUUCAGGAUUGUCAAGGUCCUACGAGUUCAAAGCGGCGCGGCUCCCAUGCUUGGGUCAAGGGAUCUGUCAAUGAUAUACUUGUCCCAAUUGAGUCCUAUCAUCUAUUCGACCCCUUUGGUAGGCGCAUUAAGCAUCACACACGGUUUGAUUACGACCGGAUCCCUGCUGUUGUUGAGUUAUGCAUUCAAGCUGGUGUUGAUAUCCCAGAGUAUCCUUCACGGCGACGGACCAACCCUGUACGGAUGUUAGGGAAGAAAAUACUCGACAGAGGUGGAUAUUUAGAGGAACCUAGACCAUGGAGCUCUGCAGAGUCCUCUUCUCUACUUGAAUUCGAUACUUACAGAGCUUCUGAGCGAUUUCCAUGCCCCCCGUUGUCAGACAUACCUGAAAUUGCACAAGAAACAAUAGAUGCAUAUCAAACAGUUAGAAAGGGUGUCAGGAAGUUGAUGAGGAAAUACACUGUGAAAGCGUGUGGUUAUUGUUCAGAGGUUCAUGUCGGACCGUGGGGUCACAAUGCCAAGCUUUGUGGAUCAUUUAAGCACCAAUGGAGGGAUGGAAAACAUGGUUGGCAGGAUGCAACUGUGGAUGAAGUCUUUCCUCCCAAUUAUGUGUGGCAUGCCAGAGACCCUGGUGGACCUCCCAUGAGGAAUCAACUGAAGAGAUUUUAUGGCAAGGCUCCGGCCGUGGUCGAAGUUUGCAUGCAAGCCGGAGCUCACUCCCCGGACGAGUACAAGCCCAUGAUGAGACUUGACAUUGUAAUCCCAGACAAUGAGGAAGCAAACCUGAUUGUAUGAUUAGAUUUGAGUAAAUGCAGGGCUCUUAUACAUGCAUAAUCAUGAUUCAUCAGAAAUCAGAAAAUGCUUGAUCCAUUCAGUAGCUGCUUGCUGCUUCUGUGCAUCCAAUUUUAGUAUGUAUAUAUAAUAUAUAAUAUAUAAAGUAGGUUAAAUAAGAAUAAACUAAAUUUUGG